AUGUUUGAAAAUAGCGAUGGAAAAUGGAUUAAAACGGAGGAUGGACAAAUUAAAGAAAUUCUGGAAGAUAGUUUUACAAUGAAAUGCGAGAGAAUUAAAAAUGAAGUUGUGGAAGACAGUGGUACAAUGGAAAUUCUGGAAGAUAGUUUUACAAUGAAAUGCGAUAGAAUUAAAACUGAAGUUUUGGAAGACAUUGAUACAAUGGAAUGUGGAUCAAUUAAAAAAGAAGUUCUGGAAGACAUUGAUCAUCAACGGAUUCAUAGUGGAGGAAAAGCAUUUUCAUGUGAUAUUUGUAAUAAAUCAUUUAAUCAACGUGCUCAUUUAGCUGAUCAUAAACGAACGCACACUGGAGAAAAACCAUUUGCAUGUGAAAUUUGUAAUAAAACAUUCAGUCAACGUAGUUCUUUAACUCGGCAUAAGCGUAAAGCAUAUACAUAG